CAUCCAUAUCACAAACCAAAUUAUUGAUCAAUUUUUUCAUAUAGUUAUAUUGUAAUCUUGUUAUAAGAGUCUUGUAGUGCUUUUGUACAUUUUCGGAAACACUGCAACAUCUCGUACGCUUAGGUUUUGCAAGUCCACAUGGCUAAUUUAGCGAUACCAAUAGUUGAUCUCUCCCCUUUCAUUCUAGGUGAUGAAGAUGGCAAGAGAAAUACGAGAGAACUGAUAAACGAAUCAUGUUCUCGAUAUGGCUUCUUCCAAAUCGUCAAUCAUGGGGUACCUUUGGACCUAAUGAGCCACGCCCUGAACUUAUCGAAGGCAUUUUUUGAGUCUCCUGUCGAAGAGAAACUGAACUGCUCCCCAUUGCCAGGGUCACCUUUUCCUGCAGGCUAUAACAGAAAACCAAAUCCAUCUUAUGAGUUUGCAGAGUUCUUGGUUAUGCUUCAGCCUGGAUCCAACUUCAAUGUUUUUCCUUCCAAUCAUCCACAUCUCCGAGCAGUAAUGGGAGAUUUAUUCAAUCAAUUCGCGAAGAUCGGAGCAAUUUUAGAGAGCAUCCUUAGUGAAUCAUUGGGGCUGCCUCCAAGCACUCUCCAGGAAUUUAACAAUGACAGAAAUUCAGAUGUGUUGACAGCUCUGUAUUAUUUACCAGCAACAGAGAAGGAAAAAAUGGGAAUAAAUUCACAUAGAGAUGUUGGAUGUAUAACAUUUGUGUUACAGGAUGAAGUUGGAGGGCUUGAAGUUCAAAGAGAUGAUAAAUGGAUCCCAGUAACACCAAAAGAGGGUGCACUUGUUGUCAACGUCGGUAUUAUUCUUCAGGUACUGACAAAUGACAAGUACAAAAGUCCAAAUCAUAGGGUGGUGAGACCAACUGGAACAUCAAGAAAUUCAUUUUCAUUCUUCUAUAAUGUAUCAGGGGAUAAAUGGGUUGAACCCCUUCCCCAUUUCACUAAGAAAAUUGCUGAGAAACCCAAGUAUAAGGGAUUCAUUUAUAGCGAUUAUUUGCAAAAGCGCAAGGAAAAUAAGCUUAAACGUGCUUCUGGACUUGAAGACGAUCUCGGCCUAUCUCAUUUUUCACUCACUGUGUAGAGAAUCAGUAAAUGAAUCUCUUAUCAAUCAUCGUUCUCUUCAUUUUUCUAUGAUUUUAAACUUUCUAAAUUUGUGCACAUUUUUCUAGUCUCCGUUAAUGAACUUUAUCUCGUGCAGAAACAUUUGCAACUUUGCUCGAAUGUAUUUUCAUUUUCCUAUGAUGGACCAUGCAAACAUCAUUUAAAGGCAA